CCACCGUCCACUUCCCCUCCGAGACAGAGGCUGCACCAUCCGCGAGCCCCCCCAGGGCAGCGGGGCAGAGUUAGGGGACACAAGGGAGGGAUGGGCCGGGGGCAGAUGUUUGAAGACCCAGCUGUGAUGAGAAUGGUGGCGGGGCAGCCAAGUCUUAAAAGUCUGGACAGUGCAAUAGUGGACUGUGGGAAUGCCAUGUCCUGGAAUGCAUACGAAGAUCAUUGGAUGAUGCAUUCGUACAGAAAGACCAGAAGAGUGUCAGGAUCAAUCCUUCAGGACAGUGCUGUAGUGUGUGUGAUUGAUGGCCACAGAAGCAGAGGUCAGCAUCUGCCCUCCACCUUCCUGGAUUUGCCAUAUGCUGUAUCUUCCUUCAGGGGCAGGAGAGGGGAACCCAGAGGACCUUACUGUAGAAGACAGUUUGGACAAAGAGGCCCCUCUCAGAUGCAUGCACCUAUGAUGCCAGGAUCACCGCUCUUCUCACGUCAGCCACUGCCCCCGAGGCCGCGUUACAAUCAGACGGGGGGCUUCAUGUUUCCCACAAACCACCGUUGCCCCUCCACUCCGAAGAUGAUGCAACUUCGCUUUGGUGCCAACUCCCCAAGGCCGUCCCCCUUCUACAGCCCCUCGUCUAAUCCAGUACAGCAUUUCAGGUAUCCUGAUCCUGUCACCCAGCUCCACCCACAACAUAAACGACUUCUUGUUCAAAAACGACAUAUAUUCCAAAGAAAAUCAGAGAGCCGGGAUCCUUACUGUAAUCUCAUGACUGCCAAAGAGAAGGAGUGGAUCACCCGGCUACAAAUGAUUCAGCUGCAAAGUGAGAAUCCUUACCUGGAGGACUACUAUUACCAGGAGUACUAUCGGCGGAUGGAAGCUAAGCUCGCUGAGGAAGAGCUGGGCACCAGGAGCAAGAGGGAGCCACCCAAACUCACCACGCCUUACAUCACGAAAACUGACUCGUACACACCAGUGGUGCACAUUGAAGGCUCUUUGGGUCAAGUUGCUGUGUCCACGUGUUACUCUCCUCGCCGUGCCAUCAGUGCAGUUCAUGCAGUCCAAGCUCAGAGUCCACUCGAGGAACAAAAAGACACCAGACAACAGCGGUUAGAAGUCCUUAGCAAAGUAGAAAAGUUAUUCAUAGUUCUGCUAGAGGUUGAGGAGACGGAGAGGACAAAAACCACAGUUUUGUCGGAGGCGGAAGAAAGAAGGUUAAUGGAGAAGACGCAGAGGAAAGUGGAACACAUCUACUCACAAAUGCAACACCACGAUCCCCUAAAUUCAGGAGGGGAGUUCCUCCCUUUCCUGCUAAUCUCAAAAGGCAAAAAGCUCCUUGCCCGUCUACUCCCAUUCCUGAAACAUGAAUCUGCACAGACAGUCUUGCACAUUGUGACCCGUAACCUGCCUACACUGAUGAACAGAGAUACAGAGGAGGCACUUCCAGUACUCUACCCAGCUCUUCGAAAUGUAAUCGGAGGUCUGACAUUUAGUCAGCUCAUCGGGGUCCUCAAGGAUUUGACAUCAUCAGAGUCUCAAACAGCAUACGAGUGCCUCACACUGGCCUGUCAGAACAAGUUUGGACUCUCCUUACUCUAUGCGCUCCUGUCACAAGGAGAGAAGUUGCUGUCCUCAGGUGUUCCUCUUGAGCCAAGCAUCGGCGACUUUGAGGCCUGGACUGACACAAUUUUCCAGGUGGCGGGACAGCUGUCCCAGUGUUCCCUGGUAGAGCCACUCCUCCUUCCAUCCAACCUGCUCACUCUCUUCUGCCGUUAUCUGGACAAACGCACUGUGCAUCAGCUGAAGAGCAACAUGGAGUCUGCAACUGGAUUCCUGGCUCUUCCGUCAUAA